GGGCAUUCGGAAGUGAAUCUCGCAGACCUUAAAGGUCCUGCCACACCUGCGCGCGCGCUUAUCACCCGCUAUCAGACGUCCGCGGCGCGUCGUCCGACACACACGUGUAUCGAACAAAACGUGUACGGAAUACGUGACCAAAGUUUACUUUCGUGUGUAGGUACAGAAUUCGCGACCAAAUUUUAUUUUUUUUGGGUUAACAAUUCGGUCGAUUUUUUUUGAUUGAUUUAACUUGACCAGUAGGAAAAGUUACGACUAACGCCUUGUGUUUUGAAUUGAUUUUUUGUACCAUAUAUGCCAACUACAACAGUGCUUUUUCUCUGUAUUCAAACAAGUGAUUUAAGCUUAAAACAGUGUUUUUAUUGACUUUAUAGUUUUUUUGGAAAUUUUCUGUUUUUGGGCAGCUUUUACGGGCCAAAUAACUACCUACAAUAGUGCACUUUCUUAAUCGUAAAUCUGGAUAAGUUUUUGAAGGGAAAAAUUAAAGUGUUUUAAAGAACAAUAAUUUUAUCUGACUUUAUUGUGUGAAUUGCUAAAAUGGGGAAAGAUGUGAACUGUGACGCUAUUUUAGCGGAGUUAGGCCAGUUCGGGAGAUACCAGAUCCUGAACUAUUGCCUAGUGGUGGUCCCUAUUAUGUUCAGCGCGGUAUAUAAUGCGCAAUAUGUCUUCAAUGCUGGCUUGGUCGAUCACAGAUGCGCCGUCCCAGAAUGCGAGUCCCCACCCUACAAGUUCGAGACGGGCGAGUGGGGCCUCUGGGCCCUGGGGUCCCAGUGCCAGCGGCCGGCGCCCAGCGACGAUGGCGCCUGUGCCCAGGGCGCCUUUAGCGCCAACGUUACUGUCACGUGCGAUAAACAUGUGUAUGGCAGCCGAGAUACUAUAGUAGCUGAGUUCGACCUGGCGUGUCAGGAGUGGAAACGCACCUUGGUGGGCACCAUACAUAGCGCGGGGCUCUUCGCUGCGUUACCGCUCACUGGCUACAUUUCCGACACUUUCGGCCGGCGCACGGCGUUCGUGCUAACAGCUGUGAUGGCAGCACUGAUGGGUCUCAUCCGCUCUUUCUCCGUCAACUACGCCAUGUAUCUCGUCUUCGAGUUCUUGGACGCCACGCUUGGCUCCGGCGUGUACAGUACUGGCUUUAUUCUAGCGCUAGAAAUGGUGGGCCUAAAACGGCGAGUACUCGGCGGCAACAUCAUCUCCAGCUCCUUCGCCACCGGCCAAGUGAUCCUCGCCCUCAUCGCCUGGCACGUCCCCUACUGGAGACACCUCACCCGGGUCCUCUACAUCCCGUCCUUCCUCUUUAUCUUCUACUACUUCCUCAUCGAAGAAAGCGUCAGGUGGCUCCUGAGCAAAGGCAGGAAACAAGAAGCCGCUAGAAUCAUUUACAAGGCUGCUGCUAUUAAUAGGAAAGAACUUUCUACAGAAUCCCUGAAGCAGUUGGAGUCUCCUGAUGAACCUACGGAAGUGGCAACCCCUGACCAGUCUAUAAGCGCAGUGGUGCAGAAGAAAUCGCUGUUCAAACAAGUUUUGAAGUCAAAGAUUCUUAUGUCGCGGUUGUUCAUUUGUUCUUUCUGGUGGAUAACUGUGACGUUCAUCUACUAUGGACUGUCGAUCAACUCGGUUUCCCUGGCUGGGAAUCAGUACGUGAACUUCAUGUUGACGUCUCUGGUGGAGAUCCCUGGGUACGCGCUGAGUGUGCUGACGCUGGACCGCUUCGGGCGCAAGAGUUCCAUCAUGACAGCCUUCUUUGUCUGUGGGUCCGCUCUCAUCGCUUUGCCUUUUGUUCCUGAACACCUAACUUGGAUCGGCACUUGCCUCACGAUGCUGGGCAAGCUGUGCAUUAGCAUGGCCUUCAGCUCCAUUUACAUCUACACAUCGGAGCUGUUCCCAACUGAGGCGCGGCAUUCUAUGCUUGGUACCUGUUCUAUGAUUGGAAGGAUUGGCAGCAUUGUGGCUCCUCAGACACCGCUGUUGAUGCAAAUAAUGGUGUCGCUCCCGUACCUGAUAUUCGGCGUGAUGGCGGGCGUGUCCGGGGGCCUCAUGCUGCUCACGCCGGAAACUCUCCGGUUACGGUUACCGGACACCAUCGAACAGGCGGAAGCUAUGGCGGUCGCGCCGCGGACGACCAAACGCACAGAUAUCAUUGUGGACUAACCUGACCAUGAUGGGUCACAUAAUUAAGGUUACAACGCCCAGUCUAAUGAGGUUUCUUAAGAGAGCGGUCCAAUACAAACGAACAGAAUCAUUACAAGUCCCUCAUAGUGUAGAACUCGUAGUGUAGAAUAUAGUACAAUUGUACUCAGGGUACAAUUUUAUUUAAUCAUCGCUCGAUGCUCUAUAAAUGUCGAAACUUCUAAAGAAAAUACAUCAUAAAUGUGUAAUAAUAUAUAAUUUCUUAAGUAAUGUAGUUAUAUAUUGAGGGAAAGCGCAGAAAGAGAUACUACGCUAGUUAUUACUAAACAUAUAAGGUUGCAUAACUUUUUGAAUCCCGCUGACUGUGGAGGCAGCUAAAAAUUAAAUUCAUUUAAGUACAAUGGGGAUCAAAAUGCUAAAGUUAGACUAAACAAUAAAAGUACCCACUUCGGGAGUAAAAUUUACAGCUAGGGUUGUACUAUAUUUAUAUUUUUCUGAUAUCUUUAUGAUGGAAUCUGUCAUCUCCAUCUUUUGGAUCGUCCCAUUCGUUUUUUGCUUAGUUCUUAAAGUCGUCCCAUUUGGCUUUUGUGGUAUUUAUUUAAUUUAAACCCAAAAUAGAAAGCCUAUAAACAUCUACCAAGCUAUGAGAAGUAUCCUAAAGUGAUUACACUUGGUCAGUCAGUUAUUAAUAAGAUUUUUUCACCACCCAACUGGUAAAGGCUCUCUUUGCUAUUCGAAAACAGAUAGCAAAAUUGUAUUUUAUCCAUUAGAGACUGUAAAAUAAUUUCAGACAAAAUGUAACUUGAUGUCUUAAGCUGACUGAUAGAUUUUACUUAUAAACAGAGAUCGGAUUUUUGUGCGUCAUCUCAUACUAAAAGUCAUUAAAAUGACGUAAAUCACUAAGAAU